AUGGCUACAGAGCAUGUUCAAGAUAUUGAGAAAUCGAAUUCUUCGGUUCCAAAUCAUUUUCAACCUCAUCAUACUUUUAACCCACCAAAUAUCUUUUCAUAUCUUGCUUCAGAGGAUGAUGAUUUAAGACUUAGAGCUUCAGAAGCGUAUGCCAAAGUUAUACAAUCAAGUAAAGAACAUCCAUACUUGAACAUAAACCGAAUAUCUUCUGAAAUGUAUAAUUCAUCACUCCAACCUCCAAAAGAAUUAUCAAAUUUUUCAGAAUUAGGUUCAUCAAGAUCACAAUUCAAUCAAAUUCAAGAAACUCCUAUAAUUUAUCACCCAUCAAUCAAUCAAAAGAUUUCUCAAUGGCAAACAAAUCUUUCGAAAUCUGAUUUAAAUCCAAAUAUACCUUCUCCUGGUAGAGAAAUGAGAUGUAAAGAGUACUCUGCUUAG